GACGGCGGUCCUCAUCUUUAUCAUGACUCUGUGCGCCCUGGUCAGUCUGACUCGACGCGAUAUGUCUCUGUUAAGAAUGGCCACCUCUCCACCGUAUUUUCCCACACAAACACCCGGACAACGUAGCGAGGACUGAGACCAUGUCUCCGGCAUUCGUAAACAACUUCACCCCGCCACCAGCAACCGUUUAUCCUGACCCUGACAGCGUCCUCGCCUCCAAGGAGCCGUACGACAUCAACUUCUCAUUUCCGCUGCACUUCGAUACGCUCGCAUGUCCGACUGUCCGUCUUACGCCGUUCGUACCAACCUUGCACGCCCGCACGCUCUGGGAGCACGUCGGCCCACGGGCGCGUGAACUCUUCAGGUACUAUCCCUACUGUCCUGAUACCCUCGCACAUUUCCUCUCCGUCGUCGAGAACAUCCGCCGACACCCGGAUAACUGUGCAUUCGCCAUCUUCGACCGGACGCGUCGACCAGAUGGACCAGGAGGAGACUCACCCGCGGAUUCGGAGGACGGUACGCUCGCGGGCGUGAUGGCCCUCAUCAACACGUCUAAGCAGCACAAGAACACGGAGAUCGGACUCGUCGUCGUCUUCCCCGCGUUCCAGGGCACGCACGUCGCGCGCACCGCGCUCGGCCUUCUCCUGCGCUACUGCUUGCAGCCGGCGGCGGCCUCUCCUCCUGGGUUGGGCUUCCGUCGCGUGCGCUGGUCGGCGCACCCGCAUAACAAGGCCUCGAUCAAGCUUGCGAAACGUAUGUGCUUCCAAGAGGAGGGCGUCAUGCGCUGGACGUUUUGCAUACCGAACGUGGAGGAGAUGAAGCGAGAGGCGCAUGGAGUGAAGAGAGAAGGAGAAGACGGUUGGGGACGCGAUAGCGUCUGUCUGGCGAUCUGCUGGGACGAGUGGGAUCGGAGCGCAGGAUAUGGUGUGGAAAGACUGUUACAGCAGCCGUCGGGCCAAUAGAUUGCUGCUGUAGGAGACCAAGUAAAUUGACUGGUGAGCUGUCCCUCCAUUGCAUCAUUCCAGCGAACGAAGGGUACAAUACUGCAUCUCGACUGGCGCUGGACUGAGUGCGAUCUGCAUGUUUGUGGAACGCUUCACCGCAUUCAGAGAGGAAGACUGGGUUGUGAGAUCGAAAUGAUCUUGUUGUCUGAGCUCCGUAGUGUCCCUGGU